GGGUGGAGUGUUUGUGAGCGGACCGUGUGACAGUGAUACUGCAGAGUUAGCAUCGACACCGCUAUCCUCCAGAAACGGACUGAUCUGUGAGAGUGUGUGAGUUUGGAGGAUGAGCUCGUAUUUUGAUGAACAUGACUGUGAGCCUACAGACCCUGAUGAGCAGUACAGACAGAACGCCCUGCUGGAGCUGGCCAGGUCUCUGAUGCAGGGUUUGGACGUGGACUUUGGGGCCCUGGAAAUUUCGGAGUGGGACCAGCGUCUCCCUCCUCCUGCAGCUAAAGACGCGGUGCAGAGUCUCUCUCUGUGUGUCAUCUCCCCGCAGCAGGCAGAUAAAGGGCUGAAGUGUCCUGUGUGUCUGUUGGAGUUUGAGGAGCAGGAAACGGUGCGAGAGAUGCCCUGCAAACAUCUAUUCCACUCCAGCUGCAUCCUGCCCUGGCUGGGAAAGACCAACUCGUGUCCUGUGUGUCGACUCGAGCUGCCGACCGACAAUCCCGACUACGAGCAGUUUAAGAAGGACAAGGAUCGGCGAAGACAGAGAGAACACCGUCUGGAGAAUCUUCAUGGAGCCAUGUACACAUAACACACACACGCACACACAUUAACACACACGUUUGCACUCUUUUAGACACAGUUAAACUUCAGGGCCUAAAUCGUGACACGUGGCUUCGACACGCCGCUGUGUCUCUCUGAUGCAAGUAAGUUGGACCAGGUUUAUAUAUAAAUGUAUAAUUAUAAAUUACAUUACAGUGCAGUUUAUUUAAACAAGUGUUUUGUUUUCUAUAGUCCUUUUUUGUGAUCUAAAGUAAAGUACAGUGCUGAGCAUAAAUUAUUACACCCCAUCAGAUUUGUCCAAAAAAACAUUUUCUUUCUUUUUAAAAUCAACACUGUACUACAAAAUACUUCCACAAAUGCAGCCCACUGAUUGCAAACAAGACACAGUCUGUUAAUUUGCACACAGUACAAAGUAUUUCUCCUAACAAAUUCAAUCGAAACCAUGUUGCUAAAAUUUAAUACACCCCUUAAUGAAAGCCAGGGAGGAGAAAAAUCCUAAUGAACAAGAGGAGUCUAUAUUGAUUAUAAAAGGGUGUCACUUAACAAAUCCGUCAGCAACUGAAAGAGAAAUGUCCCAACACCUGAGAAGGAAAGAAAAGUAAUGCAAUGUAACAAAGAUGGAAACGAAGCCGUCUCACAGAGACGUCCAGGCUGUCCACAGAGCGUCUUCUGAUGAGAAGCGUAGUAGAACAUCGCCAUGCCGGUUCCCUGCAGUUAGCUAAAGAGGUGGAAAGCUAAACUGGGGAGACUGUGUUCUUGUGACACAAUACGGCAUACACUGCAGAGGAAAGGCAUCCAUGGGUGUUGUUCACACAGAAAGCCUCUCCUAAAGUCUUUCGGCUACUCCCGGCAAACGGUCGACAUUUUACUUUUACAACAUAACUAUUGAAAAACACAUCUACGGCCACUGUUGCAUUUCUGAGGAACAACAGGGUGAAAGUAAAUCAGAGGCCAGGUGUGUCUCCUGAUCUGAACCUAAACAAACACAAAACCGGAGAAGAGACACAUUGAGCAUCACUCUCAAUCCAGCGUCCAGGCUCCAAAGAGGACGUUCUUGAAAGAUGGACGUCUAAAAGACGUGGUGCUGUCCUUAUCGAUCAUAGAGGUCACAGAAAACACUGGAUGUGGUUUUUGUUGUGAGGUGUAUUCAUUUUUGCAUCGACUAAUUUGAUUAAAACUGAGAAUUUUGUAACCAAGUUAUAUCAUUAACCUAACUUUCAUGUAGUGAGAUAAACAAACUGUUUUGUCACAAGUUUGGAAAUUAUGUUGAUCUUACUUUUCAAAGGAGGUGUACUAAUUUAUGCUAAGCACUGUAUAUACCGCUCAUACUGGAAUUACUGGGGAAAAAUAAGAUGGUUAGUGUGUAUAUCAUUUAUUUAUAUAUUCUUUUUACCAGCCAAGAUCCGAGUGAUUUGAGAAAAAACAAAAUGUAUAAAUGUUAAAAAAAAGGAAAACUAAAUUAAAUCAGCAGUUAUUUUAUGAUAAAAAAUCAAGUUAAUAAGUACACAACAUUUAUAGAUAAUAUAAUCUACCCACCAGUUAAACUAUAUUAUAUACUUAGGGUAGAGAUGAUAAAUAAUGAAAUGUACACCGUUUGAUAAAUGUGAAGCCGACAGUUUUUAUAGUGAGCUCUCACACGGGAAACAGAAAGGAGACGUGUACGUAUUAUUUAUUCAUCAUUCAGAUUGUUAUCAUAUAGAGAUAUCUGGUCAGAGAGAAAUCAAUCAUCCAAACCAUACAGAAAUCUUGUCUUUUUAUUUUAUUUUUUUUUACACAAAGUGAUCAAUUUAUAAAAUAAAAAAUACUCUCUGCA